UACAUUUUCGAGCCGGUCGCCGCCAACGCACUUCAGUCCAGCUUCAGUCUCCCGUCCACCGUCCACCGUCCACCGCCAUGUUCAGACCCCAGCUGGCUGCAUCGAGGGCCGCCUCCCGCCGCAUCGCCGGCCACCGUGCGGUAUCGUCGUCCUUUUCCACAUGCAGUCGCUCUCUGCUCAGGAACCCUACCCGGGUCGCACCUCCGACGUUCUCGCACCUAAAGUGCUCCAGCUGGGUCGGUCGCAGGGGAUACGCAGAUGGUCCCAGCGCAAAGUACUCACGCACAAAACCUCACUUGAACAUCGGUACCAUUGGACACGUCGAUCAUGGCAAGACCACCUUGACGGCAGCUAUCACCAAGGUUCUUGCUGAGCGCGGUGGUGCGAAGUUCACCGACUACGCCGAGAUCGACAAGGCGCCCGAAGAAAGGGCCCGUGGUAUCACCAUCAACUCAGCACACGUUGAGUACGAGAGUGACAGCCGGCACUAUGGACACAUCGACUGCCCUGGGCACGCUGAUUACAUCAAGAACAUGAUUACUGGCGCUGCCCAGAUGGAUGGCGCCAUCAUUGUCGUCUCAGCUACUGACGGUCAGAUGCCUCAGACCCGAGAGCACUUGCUUCUUGCUCGUCAAGUGGGCGUCAAGAAGCUGGUCGUCUUCAUCAACAAGGUUGAUCAAAUCCAGGACAAGGAGAUGCUCGAGCUCGUGGACAUGGAGAUGCGGGACCUUCUGUCGACCUACAACUUCGAUGGAGAAAACACUCCUAUCAUCAUGGGCUCUGCCCUUGCGGCGUUGCAGGGACAAACACCUGAGAUUGGUGCGGAGAAGAUCGUUGAGCUGGUCAAGGCUUGUGACGAAUGGCUUGAGAUCCCUCCUCGUGACCUCGAGAAGCCGUUCCUCAUGCCCGUCGAAGAGGUCUUCUCGAUUUCUGGGCGUGGUACUGUUGCGGCCGGUCGGGCAGAGCGGGGCAUUUGCAACAAAGGUGAUGAAGUGGAAAUUGUCGGUUUCGGUGACAGGAUCAAGACUACGUUGACCGGCAUUGAGAUGUUCAAGAAGGAGCUUGACCGGGGCGAAGCUGGUGAUAACAUGGGCGUCCUGCUCCGUGGCAUCAAGCGUGAGCAGGUCACUCGUGGGCAUGUCAUCGCAGCCCCCGGCAGCAUCCAGUCGGUAAAGAAGUUCCAGGCUCAGAUCUACGUCUUGACCAAGGAUGAAGGUGGUCGCUAUACGCCCUUCAUGGAGUCAUACCGGCCACAACUUUUCCUUCGUACUGCUGACGUUACGUGCUCGCUGAGGUGGCCAGAGGGCACCACUGAUGCACAGGAGAAAAUGGUUAUGCCUGGCGACAACGUCGAGAUGGUAUGCAAUCUCAUCUAUGAUAUUGCGGCGGACAUUGGUACUCGCUUCACGCUUCGUGAGGGUGGCAAGACAGGUACGUUUGAUUUCGCAACGGGUAGGAUGAACGUACUAAUAUUUUUCACAGUCGGCACUGGCAUCGUCACUAAGAUCAUCGCGUAGUGGGCUGGGAGGAAUAUAUUUACGUACUGCUACAUGUUUUAUAAUGCUCAUCUCUGCCAUCCCCACUCGUAAAAGUAGAUCUUGGUUGACCACACCUCGCUUUCGUCGUAUUGCAUGCAUACAUUUCCCAGCUAGUUUCUUGUCUGUUCUCCACCUCGCUAUAGGUGGCGACACGGUUCGAUAAUACAAACCGUGGAAACUCA